UUUAACUGUGGUCGUGUUGCAACAUGCUACACCGCACUGAUCUCCACAGAUGAUGGAGGUGUUUAUGACUGGCGCAGAUCUCUGCGUCAGUGCGUCUUGUUUUUUCUUACCUUGAUCAGGAAGAAGCGACAUUGACUAGGGAAGUGCCAGCAGGUUUCCAGUACCUAUCAUCAUGUCUGUGUCUGAGGAUGAAGCAAACAUUUCUGCAGAUAAUCCUAUAGAACCCUUGGCUUCUGAGCUCACAUGUCCCAUAUGCCUGCAGCUAUUCUCUGAGCCCGUUUCUCUUCCCUGUGGUCACAUGUAUUGCUUUCCCUGCCUGAAGACCAUGGAAGAAGGUCUUGACCAACACAGAUGCCCAGAAUGUCAAGCUGAGUACCAGGGAACCACUGCUCUUGUGAAAAAUGACAAAAUGUGCAGAUUUGUUGAGACGUACAUGACCACUGCCGGGAAACGUUUCUCCCCUGCAAACCCUCCAGAACUCCUCCAUUUAACAUCCAAGAGCAGACAUAAUUUUGCUAUGGAUCAGUCAGCUGGAGAAAGCCAAAACUAUAGAGGGGAACACAAGGCAAAUAAAGGCUGUGAGGUUGGGUUUGCAUCCAAAAACAUUCCCUUUAAUCCAGUGCAAGAAAAAAUCAGCCACAAAAGCAAAAUUGAAAUGAAUGAACCCAAGUUUAAACUGGCAUCUCAAAUCACAGAGUUACACUUGAAACUAGAGAUCGCAGAAGGUGUUUUAACGAAAGAAAAGGAAUGGGAGCUUCAGAUGACAACUUCUAAUUCUCAGAUGAGAGGGAAAAUAUCCAAGCUGCUGGGGCAGAUGAAGGACUCGCUGCAGAGCUAUAGUGACCAGGUGACACAGAUGGUCGAGAAGGAGUUAGGUCCAGGUGAAAACAGCAUUGGCAGUCAAGUCAAUCAAACCUCUGAGCUGGUGAAACAGCUAAGGCAUGCUGUGCUUACAGCUGAAUCCCUACUGACCGAAGAGGAUGAGAAGGCAUUCACUGACGAGCUUCAGAGUCUCAAACCUAGCAUUGCAGAGUUACUGGCAAAACAGCUGACUGAAGAGAAAGAUUUCAUUGAAAUGGAGGUCAACCUUGCACAAGCCUGUCCCAAACUGGAGAACAUGAACACUGAGCUGAGGGAACAACUUGGAGAGAUUCAACGCACCCUUCGGAACACCCUCAACCCAUCAGAGCUGACCUUUGACCCAGAAACAGCUCAUCCUAAUCUCAUUCUGUCAGAGGACCUGAAGACAGUGACUUUCACCACUGUGAAGCAGUCCUACCCAUCAUCCCCGCUGAGGUUCACCAACUUUUACCAGGUCCUCAGCGUGCAAAGCUUCUCAGAAGGCGAACACUGCUGGGAGGUGGAGCUCGAAGGUUCUCCGUGGAUCAUUGGCAUGUGCUACAGUGGAAAGCUGGCACGCAGCGGGAUGCCAUCCGCCCUGGAAAGCAGCAGGAGCUCCUGGUCUCUGAUGUGGUUUGAUAACUUGCUCACUGCUUUUGAGCAAGGUCACAGUGUGCCGCUAAAGAAAACCACAAUGUCACGCAGGCUUGAGGUCAAGCUCAGCUUCAAGACACACAGGCUGAGCUUCUACAACAUCAGCUCCACCAGUGGGAAGACACAUAUCUACACCUUUAAGGCCAAUCUGAGUGAAGCAGUGCACCUGGCCUACAGGAUGAUGUCAGGACACCCCAAAGGCAGAGUCAUGAUUUGCUCAUAAAUAGAACUUUUAAAAAUGAGCG